AUGUCACGAUCAUUUCUUGUCGACUCACUCAUAAGUGAUAUCAAGCCCAACAAACCUGGAUUAACGAAGAUUCCAAUGCCGCCCGUUCUGCCAGUUUCUCUACCUUACUCCGCUUGUUAUGUCGGAAAUUAUCUCUUCUCGCUCGGAUUACAACAACAACAACAGCAGCAGCAGCAACAACUUCAUAAUUACGAUCAAGCUCGUUUGAAUUUGGAUUACAAACUUGCUCCCUUGGACUUUGAUUCAACCUUCAAAGACUCCUAUUUCCGUAAAUUCUACUCGCAAACCAGCAGUCCUGAACGCUUUUCGCCUUAUUCGUCGCCGCCAAAGCCUAAAUUCUGCCCUUACGAGACAAAUUCAGUCAUUUCUGCAUCCUCGACGCCAUCACCGACUUUGGAUGAGAAACUCGACGAUGAAUAUUCCAGCAAACGCAUCCGCACAGCAUUCACCAGUACGCAACUUUUGGAACUCGAACGCGAAUUUAAUGCAUCGAUGUAUCUCACGAGAUUGCGCCGCAUUGAAAUCGCCACAAGACUAAAGUUGUCGGAGAAACAAGUUAAAAUUUGGUUCCAGAAUCGUCGCGUUAAGCAUAAAAAGGGUGAUUUGCCGAUUUCUGCUGCUGCGUCGCCUCAUAGUCCAGCAUCAAAGGCGAAUUGUUGUCACGACAAAAGCGAUUGUGGUUCGGUGACACACGCAAACGAUAGCCUCAAGCGACAUGAUAGUGACGAGGAAACCGCGUGGCGUUGUUAG